AAAUGUCAAAAAAGCGCGCUUCGCAGUAGGCACGGUGAGUUGGGGCGUGAAUGAGCGUGCUGAGACGGGGAGAGAGAAACAGAGGAGAGACUCAAAUGGCAAGAACCACAGAAACGACGCCGUCUUUCACAAUGCAAGACCCAGGAACGACAGAGCGCGGCGGCGGUAAACUAAGGAGACAACUGCCUCGUAGACUACCGGCAACACCCUACGCCCGCCCGCAGCAAAGCCAGUUCCUCCGGAGCCGCUUGCUCUCCAAACUCGUCGAUCCCGCUUGCCGUCUCAUAACCAGCGGCGCCACUAGAAUCUUCCCCUCUCUCUUCUCCAAACCACUCACCAAUGAUUCCCUCCCGCCACCAGAACCUCAAACUCACGUUAACUUGGAUGGAGAUAUAGAAGAACGUGGUAACGGCGAAGAUCGAACUUGUUCUUCAAUUUUUGGAGUGUCCAAAACAACUGGUACUACGGGAACCACUGAUGGAUCAAAGGCUGGUUCUGACUUUGCUGAACAUAGAAAACGCGAUAAGGGCAACGUUACUGAUGAUGGGCUUUCAGAAAUUGAGAAGCUAAUGAAGGGGAAAACAUUUUCUAGGGAUGAAAUCAAUCGUCUGAUAGAGAUUAUAAAUUCAAGAGCUGUUGAUGAUCCUCAAGUUGAUCAAGAAAGUAAGGAUUUAAUCCUGUCUGCUGGAGGUGACAAGGGAGCUAUAGUUGCUCAAAACCUGAGAAGGUCAAGUGAAGAAAAGCAGGAUGAUUUAAAUAACACUGUAUUGGGGUUGGCAACCCCAAUUCCCAAGCCCACUCUCCGAGAUGAAAUUGGACCUUCACCAAUUGAAAUUGCAAAAGCAUACAUGGGGAGCCGGACAUCAGAGUUAAACCUAGGUUCUAAAAGUAUUAUAUCAAAUGAUGAAAGACCAUCAAUGCUUGGUGAUGAGUUUGCAUCAGAACCGCUUGUUUCAUUGCCUUCUCCAAAGCCAUCCGUAUGUUGGCCAGGUUCCAUGGUACAGGAUCAGCGUGGUUAUCUAACUCCUCAAAUUCAAAGAGGCAGAUUUGGGCUUCAUAAUUUUCCAAGAACCCCUUACUCCAGAACUAUCUAUUCAAAAUCUAAAUCCAAGUUGGCUCAUGUACAAGACGAGGGUAAUGGUUUCCUGAAAAGUUCAUUCUCUCCCUUGCUGCAAUCACGAUCUCCUGUAUAUGGGCAGUUGAGAAGCAACAUAGUGGAAGAUGGCCAUAGAUCUGUGGGACCCAUUCGCAGGAAUCAAAAUAAGGGCAUGGAAACUCCAUCCAGAGGAUCUGUUUAUUCUCAUUCAUUGUUAAAUGGUCCUUCCACGGUGGAAAAUUCUAAUGUUUCCACCAAAGGUCUAUUUCCUUCUAUCAAAAAGACUUUGGAACCAGGAGGCACCAGUAGCUCUUCAGUUUUUCAGUCCGUAGAUAGCAAGUCUGGAAGCUCUGAAAUGGGUAUCCCACCUGUUCAUCCGCAUUCCAGGCAGAUGGCUAGGACAAUAUUGGAGCACCUUGAACGAAAUCUAGCCACUCCUAGGGAAAAGUCUGAUGAGUUAAAGAUAGCCACUUCGUGGAAUAGAUCUCAGUCUUCAGAUGCUAAUGCUGCCAUUUCAAAGGGGCAGAACAGUUUGCCAUAUUUAGGACUUGAUUCUUCUAAAAGCAAGGAUCAAAUCAUCAAUAGAAGUCAUGCUCAGUGGAAUGAGGACAGGGGGAACUCAUUUUCUGUGGCUUCUCCAGAGAGUACCAUUGAGGCUAAGAAUGUGAACAAAACCACUUCUGCUUCAGAUUUAAAAGUUGGUAGCACUGUUACAAUGUUUGGCAAUAUUGCAGGGUCUUCACUAGAUUUUGUGAAAACUCAGGAUUCUCAAAUGAAGACUACACACAAGGAUCUCUUGAAGGUUACUGAUGCUGCUGUGUCUGAGGGUCUGCAAAAGCCUUUAUCCAACUCUUUUGGAAAUAAACCAGUUUUGGCUUCUAUUUCUGUCAGCAAGCCUGGGCAAAGGUGUAUGUUCACUUCAGAUAACAGCUCCGGGUUCACUUUCCCUGUUUCUACAUCUUCUGGCGUGUGUUCUGAACCUCCAACACCAUCCAUCAUGCCAUCGCUAUCAGGAAGCAGUCUGCAUCAGCCGAAAGAGGGACAUACAGUACCUUCAUAUAGUUUUGGCUCAAGCAGAUCUACUCCUGCCCUUGUUUUUUCUUUCCCUUCGACAAGCAGUGGCCCUAACCAUGUUGAUGCUUCAGAUAUUGAGUUCAACUUCAGAUCUGAUAGCUCAUCAAGAAUAUCUUUUGGUUCAAUAGGAUCACAUACCAUAUGCUCCUGACACAGAAAUGACAUGUUUAUUUUUCUUUUGUUUUGCAUUAGUUAAAGAGUCAAGAUUUCAUCAGUGGGAAUCUCAAUUAGUUGUAUCAUUGCCUUAAUAUAGGAGAAAGAAUUGCCCUAAACUGAAACCUGGAUUCAUUUGUAGCAUUUAGCACUCAUUUUUUCUUGGUUACAGCAAAGUGUUAUUAGUUUUUCAUGA